GUCCAGGUUGGCUGCCCCGCCGGGCCGCGCCGCGCCGCGCCGGGCCGGCCUGGAUGCGCCGAGCGCCUGAGCGCGCGCGGGGAGGGCGCGGGGAAGGCGCGGUUCGCAGGGCCUGCGCGCCGGGCGCUGGCAGCCGCUGGGAGCGGGGGACGCCUGAAGGUGCCCUCCGCACGCGGCCCCGAUGACCGAACUCCAGCAAGAUGUGGAAGACACAAAGCCUGCCAAAGUGCUCGCGAAGAGAGAGAGCAAAGUUGGCGCAGCCCACUCAGAGGCUGAGAAUGGUGUGGAGGAGAAAAAGAAGAUCUGCAAGUCGCCAGCAAUCCAGUCCCCAAGUCCGUCCAGCGAGGCCGAGUCCCCAGACCAGAAGAGAAUCCUUUCCUUGCGGUCAAAAUCCAGUUUUGAUGGUGCCUCUUUAGCAAGCGAUAAGAAUGACUGUAAAACAGAAAGCAAAAAUGAAUCUAAGAUGGACAGGAAAAAGUAUUCGUCUUCCAGCCAGUACAAGGCGAAUAUGCACUUCCACAAGUUGUUCCUUGAUGUCCCAACUGAGGAACCACUGAGGCAAAGUUUUACCUGUGCCCUACAGAAAGAGAUAUUAUACCAGGGGAAGCUCUUUGUAUCAGAAAACUGGAUUUGUUUCCAUUCCAAAGUCUUUGGAAAAGACACUAAGAUCUCUAUUCCGGCGUUCUCAGUCACCCUAAUAAAGAAAACCAAAACUGCCCUCCUGGUGCCAAAUGCCCUGAUUAUAGCGACAGUCACAGACCGGUACAUAUUUGUCUCCCUACUCUCCAGAGAUUCUACUUACAAGCUACUAAAAUCUGUGUGUGGACACUUAGAAAACACGAGCGUCGGGAACAGUCCCAACCCAUCUUCUCUUGAAAACAGUUUCCGGGCAGACCGUCCUUCAUCUCUGCCUCUGGAUUUCAACGAUGAAUUCUCAGAUCUGGAUGGAGUGGUUCGACAAAGAAGGCAAGACAUGGAAGGAUACAGCAGCUCUGGGUCUCAGACUCCUGAAUCCGAGAACUCGCGAGAUUUCCAUGUGACAGAAUCCCAGACAGUUCUGAAUGUCUCCAAGGGAGAAACAAAACCAACUCGGGCAGAUGCCCAUGUGAAUAGAGUGCCUGAAGGAAAAGCCAAGAAUCUCCCUGUACAUGGUCAGUCAGAAACCAUUGGAGUCUUACACAAGGUCAGGUCUCAGACAUGUACGACUCUCCACCAUAUUCUCAUAUUUUACGCAAUCAUUGUCUGUGCACUAAUCAUCUCGACGUUCUACAUGAGAUACAGAAUUAAUACUCUGGAGGAGAGGCUGGGGUCGCUAACCUCCAUUGUGGACACUCAUCAUCAUGAACAGACAGCACCAUCCGGCCUGGGGUCACAAGUACAGUUCAGUGUGGAGGUCCUCUGCCAAGAGCUGACGGCUAACAUAAUGAAAUUAGAAAAGAUACAAAACAACCUACAGAAGCUGCUUGAGAAUGGUGACUGACAGACUGGAUUGUUCAGGCCAACAGAUACCUCGAGCUUCCCUUUGAAGAAGGUGUUCCCCUCGGCAUUCUGGCGGAGCGCUCCCUGCUGGCCAGAGGAGCGGACAGACGGGCAUCCCCAGCCAUGUUUGCACUUGAAGGUCUCCAGCUCAGGAAGGGGUGGGGGCGGGAUAAUUCUGGUUACUGUGCAAUAAACAUUGACCCGCUGUCUCUGAGGAAGUUCUCAGUGCUGCUGCCUGAACAACACAGACCCAUCUCUGGAGGUCUCAGGACAGGCCUGGUGGACACUCGUUCGGAUGAUUGUGGUUCCACAGUUCUCGUGACUGUGUCAGCAAACACACUCCACUUCGUGCCUUCUUAGUCCUUUCUGCGCUCCUUUUCUCUCCUUUACACCCCUCUGAACCAGCCUUCGAACUAAGGGAUAGAUCAUGUGCCAAAAACCCGAUACGGUCCUUUCAAGAAUUAGCCCUGACUCUUCCAAAACAGACUUGCCUCAAACAAACACCAGCAUUUUUUCUUUUCCGCUCUUCUGCUGUUCUGUUCUGCUUGAAAUCACCCUGUGUAUCUUCUCAAUUCAGGACAGGCAGGAAUACCACAAAGCAGAUUAAAGAUAUCCUGUUUAUGUUUUGUUUUGUUCCUAUAACUAACACUUAAUUGGACUGUUCAUCACCCACCCCACAUCAAGAAUCUAUGACCACAUGUGACAAGUACUAAAUGAAACUUACUCUGAAACCAAAACUAAUCUUUAAACCAAAAAGUACAAAAUGAUUUGAUACUGGAUGAAAAACACUGAUUUUUUAAGUUUAUAGGUGGACUAUGUUAAAGUUUUGAAACAGGAUGCCUAUAUGGAAUGCUGAAACCCCUCUCAGCAUGACAAAUGCAUGCUUCUCUCUUUUGCUGACUAAAAGAAGUAACUGGUGGUUUCCUAACUUCUAUCUACCAUAUGGGAUGGCUGGUUUUUAUUAAUAAUUAUUUAGGUACCAUAAGAUCUGUAAUAUAAAUGAUACUCUGUUUCUAUUGGCAAUGCAUUUUAUAAUCAUUUCUGUGAAAUGUAUUUUGUUUAAUCAGAUAAGCUAAUAAAUGAAUUGGUUACAUCUUUUGUAUUUGUUAGCCUCCUGGACAAGAACUGUGCCUGGUGCACCCCCCCCCGGCUUUUAAUAAAUACUCACUGGUUAAAAUGCCCUGCUAACACU